UCCCAUGCCAAUUCAGGCGACCGUUCCAUUACACUCCGCAUUAAAAACCCAGCAAAAACCCAACCCGCUCUCUCUGUGACCAUGACUGUCGCCACCGUAGCCACCACCCACACCAGGAAGCUGGUGAAGCUCAGCCGCUCUCUCUUCCGAUGGGGAUUCAACUCCUCCAAAUGCAAAAUGCAAGCGAAGAUGGCGGUGGCUAGAAUAAAGCUGCUGAGGAACAAGAGGCAGGUGGUGGUGAAGCAGAUGAGGCGUGACAUCGCCUUGCUCCUACAAUCUGGUCAAGAUGCCACUGCUCGAAUCCGGGUUGAACAUGUGAUCAGAGAACAGAACGUUUUGGCUGCCAAUGAGUUCAUUGAGCUCUUCUGUGAAUUAGUGGUCUCUAGGCUUUCUAUCAUCGCAAAGCAAAGGGAGUGUCCGCCUGAUCUCAAAGAAGGGAUUGCAAGUUUAAUCUUUGCCUCCCCCAGGUGUUCUGAGAUUCCUGAACUGAUCGCACUAAGGAAUAUUUUUGAGAAAAAGUAUGGUAAAGAUUUUGUAUCUGCGGCUGUUGAUGUACGUCCCAGCUGUGGUGUGAAUCGCAUGCUGAUUGACAAGCUCUCUGUUAGAACCCCUACGGGCGAAGUAAAGUUGAAACUCCUGAAGGAGAUAGCCAAGGAAUACCAGGUUGAAUGGGAUACAUCAGAAUCUGAACAGGAGCUUCUCAAGCCUCCAGAAGAGCUUAUACAAGGACCACGCAAUUUUGUUAGUGCUACCAGCAUGCCUGUGCAGAGUGUGCCGCCUCAAUCUGUUGAGACUAAUAAGCCAGACACUAGUUCUUCACGCAGGACAAGUGGUGGUGUAGAACGAAGAACAAGUGGUGGUGGAGAACAAAGAACAAGUGGUGGUGGAGAACGCAGAACAAGUAGUGGUGGUGAAAGAGGACAUAUGCAAUUUGUAGACUCAGCAUCAGCUGCUGAAGCAGCUGCAAAAUCCGCCAGUGAGGCAAUGGCUGCUGCACAAGUUGCUGCAUAUUUGGCCAACAAAGACUCCAAUCAAGCAGCUCAAUCAUCUUCGAGCGUCAAUACUGGAUUCGGAACCCCUUCAGGAAAUUCCACUGGCCGCUUUAUGCCAGAUUCUCCAUUAUUCGGGUCUCAGAAUAUGGUCAAUAAUGGAUUUGGAACCCCUUCUGGCAAUUCCACUGGCUUCUUUACGCCAGAUUCUCCAUCAGUUGGCUCUCAGAAUAGCGAUCACCAAUCUAAAGCUCCUGGAGUUGAUAGGUCUCACUCUUCAAGAGAUGAGGAGGCGAUGCAUAGCCAUGGAAAUGAGAAGCAAUUCAUCUACAGGAGGUACAGCUACAAUAAUGCCCCAUCAGUACAUUCAGAUAUUAAGUUUGAUGAAUCGGACUGUGAUGAAGAAGUUGAAAUGGAGUCACCUCCCCGCGGCUUUCAUCAAGCACCUGAGCGUCCUCCACCACAAGUACCUUCAGCUGCAAGGCAGGACUCAGUUCCUCGAGUUCAUCCAAAGUUACCAGAUUAUGACGCACUUGCUGCUCGCUUUGACGCCCUCAAGUAUCGGAAGUCAUCCUAGUGCUUGAAUCAGAUUGCUUCUGCAUUAUUUUUGGGUUGCUUGUAUAAUUCGUAUACAAUACGUCCUUCAAAUCGAAAACGUAUCGUCUAGAUUGCUUCUGCACCAGUUUAGGCUUUGCUUGUAUAAUCGAUACAUCUGGUGGAUGCUUGUCAUUCCAUCAUUUUAAUACUAAAUAAAGCACAUGGCAGAAAUUUUGUA